UGCCCCCGCUGAAGACGACUGUCCCUCUGAACCGCAAGGGGCCAUGGCCCAAGACCAUACAGCUGCAUGGAAGCGUUGAGCACAUGAACUGCUCAAAAUGCGGACAGAUCACCCCGCUGAACACAGAGCUUUUCGUUGGGCACGAGGCUCCACUUUGCGCAGAGUGUACCGAGAUGGAUGCCGUCAGAACCAUUCACGGCGGAAAGCGAAGCCAUGGAAUCGGUCGCCUCCGCCCCAGAAUGGUGCUCUACAACGAAUACAACCCGGAUGAGGAGGCAAUCGGCAACGUUUCGAGUUCUGAUUUUGAAGAGCCGACCAGAUGCCGUCAUUGUCGUCGGCACCAGCCUGAAAAUCCCCGGUGUAAGACGCCUUGUCAAGGAGCUUUGUCAGGCUACUCGGAACAAGCGCGGCGGCUUUACUGCCUGGAUCAAUCUUGACUCGGAGCCCCAACACAACGAUUUCAAGGACUGCUGGGACCUUGUUGUGCGCGGAAAAUCUGAUGACGUCGCCCACUUUGCCCAACUACCACCCUACGAUGUGCCCAGCGCGGAGCCAAGCGAUAUUCUCAACGAAGAAGACAACAAGAUACGCGAGCAGUGGCUGCAGCGGGACAAGGUUGAAGUCCAGCUUUCGCAGUCAUCUUACAACACAUCUCUGCCCAAGCCGGAGUUUUGA